UGAACUUGGGAGAGAUGGGCUCGGAUCAAGUCCAGAGCAACCCGAGAAAGAGGAAACGACGAUCCCCGAAACCAUUAAACCAGGACGAGAUUGAAAACAAAAAGGCUGCUCACAAAGAGAUUGAACGAAAACGGAGACACAACAUCGCCGCUGGAGUCGAAGCCAUCGCCGGGAUCCUGCCCAACGGGGACAAGGAGAAAUACAAGGGCCAGAUCCUCUUCCGGGCCGUAGAAUACAUGCAACAGCUACAGAAAGAUACCGUUCGACUUCCCGAGCUCGAGGCGAGGAACGUGCAGCUGGAAGACCAGUUGGAACAGGCCACGUCUAAUAUGCCGGGAUUUCAGGGAGCGAGGAUCGAAGAGUUGGAACGACAGAAUCAGGUUUUGAGGCAGGAGAGCGAAGAUCAGGCGAGGAAGUGGGCCUUGGAGAAGGGGGUCAUGGAGGACGAUUUGAUGAGUCUCAGGGCUCAGGGUCGAGGUUCGUCUGCGGACAAGGACCAUCACUCGCUUACAGAAGAAUACCACCGAAACUGGCGAAACGAAGAGAACCGAGCGAACAACCUCGCCGCUGAGCUGGAGCGUCUCAAGGCGGAAUCGAGGGAGGGUGAAAGGCCACAAGGGUUUUGAGAUCUGGUUUUUGAGCAGCGUGUCGGCUCGAGCAUCCGCGUUCAGAUCUUACGUUGGGGUCAGCUUGACUUGUGUCUUUCGGUCUUAGCUUGUGUCGAUGUGACGCGUGUGUAUAUGGGAAGGACUGUGGAUUGUUGUAGUACUUUCGAAACCUUGUCGAUGUCUAUAUAUAUAUGGUCUAUCAAAUUGUGGAUAGACACGA